CUGUCGUCUCCAACUUCAAUCCCGUGUGAAACACGUAAGGCCCAUGUUGAGCUGAGCCAAAACACGUGCUCACCGUGUUUCGUGUAGAAGACUGGCCCGUGUUUAAAUCCGAAAAGGUUUUCCAGUUCUUCGGUUCCCCACUGAGCCUCCAAAUGCCAAAUAGAAAAAUGGUACACUUCCCCACACGUUUGAAUUCAUACAAAAUUCCUUCAAUUUCUUUCCAUAGAAACACUAACAGCGACAUCCUUCGUCGGAGUGACUUCUAUCAUCACUCCUCUCGCCAGCCAUUCGCAGAGUUAAAAUCCUUUCUAGGUGCUUUUAGCAAUCUAAGAGAUUUGUCAAAAUUUCACUCCACAAGUCACCAUGCCGCCUAAACGUCGUGCGCAUGAUCAUGAGGCAUCAUCAUCUUGCUCAUCUCAAGCACGACCACAUCCAACACAGCGUCCUCGAUGUGCAGCACCUCCAUCUGCGCCUGAAAACCCACCCCAACCACAACCUACACUCCCUUGGGGAUUCCAAAGCCUAGAACAUAAAGAAAAAUAUAUUUCAUUAGCUCGUAGGCCAGUAGUGUGCACCAAAUAUAUAGACACAUACACACUAGAACAACUUGGGUUGAGUGAGGAAGUCGGGAGAUUUGUGGAGCGCAUAGGUUGGACACAAUUUGUUUCCCUUAAACACCACACAUAUCCUGAGCUUACACUAGAAUUUUUGAGCAGUUUUUCUUGUGUUUUGCAGCCAAAUAAUGUCCAGGAUGUAGGGAUUAUUAAAUUCAGACUCGUGGGUGUGGACUACCAAUUAAAUAUGAGUGAAUUUAAUGGUAUUUUUGGAUUUGCUAACGAUGGAGUUAGACAUAUUCCAAAGGAUUUUGAUAUGGAAUUUGCUUGGAGCAUGCUGACCAACACUGCUAACUAUAACGCUAGUGCUUCCAAAUCCACUAAACUGACUAACCCAGCAUUUAGAUACCUGCACCGUUUUAUGUCCCAUUCUAUUUUUGGUAGAGGGGAGAGCACGGGAGUAGUCUCUAGAAAUGAGUUAUUUUUUUUAUGGGCUAUGGAGACUGGGCAACGAGUGAACACAGGGUACUGGCUUAGCAACCAGUUUAGUCAUGUAGCCAGAGGGAAUGGGAAAAUAGUAGUUGGGGGACUCAUUACAGCUAUUUCUGUGCAUUUUGGAUUUGUUGGUAAGGCACAUAGGUUAAUGCAUUUAAUUGGGGACGACAGAAUAGAUUUAGAACUACUACAUAUGAUGAAAAUGUGCGUGAGGGAAGGAGGUGUGUAUUGUCUAGUAGAUGAGAAUGGGAUUAAAAUUCCCAUGAGAGGGGUUGACAGAUCAGAUGGUGGGGCUGAUAAGGCACGUGUAGAGGACCGGACUCAAGAUGCAGAGCAGGAGGUCAGACUUGAGGCAUCUCCAGCACCAACAGCCGUCGAUCAUCCAGUUGCAUCUGCCCAACAGGGAGCAAUCACACUAGAGAUGCUGAUGGCUAGGAUAGAUGAUAGAUUUGAUCAGAUAGAGGAGCGUCUCCACUUCAGUUUUCGCCUGCUGCGAACUACUAUUGAGCAAAUGGAUUCCAGACUGGGCCGGCUGGAGGAUGAUGUCGAUGAGAGACUCGCAUCAAUUGAGGGCACACUGGAGGACCUUCGCCUGAACAGAUGAUUUUAUAGUUUCUCAUUUAUUGUGCUUUAGUACUGACUUCAGUUACUAUGGAUGUUAUGACUUCCAUUUGCAUUGUUUUUAUUUUUUAUUUUUUUUAUAACUUUAGGGGUGAGUUUUUUUGUACUUUAUGACUUAAUUAUAAUUUUCCAUGUAAAUAUAUAUGGUAUAACUCAACUCAACUAAAUCUUUAUCCAAAAAAUUUGGGGUCGGCUUUGGGGUCGGCUAUAUGGAUUCGCUUUCUUUACUCUGAA